AUGGCAGUGGAACCAAAACACGUGAAAGACAUGAGAUAUCCAGAGAUGUCGUGCUUUUUGAACGAAUCGGAAAGCGAUGUCCUCUUCAUAAUCGAUGGCCAAAGAGUUCCCGCUUUGAGACACGUAUUGGGUCUCAAGAGUGAAGUCUUUAGAGCAAUGUUUUCGGGAAAAUACAAAGAAUCGGAAGAGAAAGAGAUCCCAAUUGAGGACAUGAAUGCCGAAGCGUUCAAAGUAAUGAUUCUUUACUUAUAUACCGAUCAACUGGUUUUAAGCGAUGGCACAGAUGUGGAACUGGUCGGUGAUGUGGUGAAGAUCGCCGACAAAUACCAAUUGUAUCGUUUGAUGGAAACAAUAGAGAAACACAUGAUAUCAAUAGUAAAUGUCGAUAAUCUGGAGAUUAUAUCGAAAAUGGCGUUCACUUAUCCGAUGAAAAAGUUGAGAACUUGUGUCGAGACGUUUAUCGCUAAGAAUUUGGAUCAAUUGUUGGCCAAAAAUGCCGAAGAGUUGGCGCCAUUGAAUGAGGCGACCAAUGAUUUCUGCCUUAAGACAAUGGUUGCGAGUCUUAAGGCAAUGACCAUUACUAAUGAGAAGUACCGAAAUGCGGAACAGUAUUUCAAAAACAAGAUACCCAGCAAUGGAAAUAUACCGUCUUAUAUAACCAUCAAUGGCAAUGAUUUGAUAAUUCAGACCAAAACUGAAUUCUUGAAACUCAAGGACUGUAUCGAUACGGACGAGGCGUUGGAGAAAUUCCCGACUCGAAGGGCAGAGUUUGUCAACGAUAACGAUAUGAAGACAUUUCUCAGCAAAUAUUGGUUUGAUGUAUACAAACCUGUGUUUGGCUUUACCUUUCAGUUUAUGUCCAACUCUUGCGGAAGUUUGGAUGUAUUGAACGAAUGCACUGAAGUGUACGACGACUCGCAGAUCUUCUACGCGUGUCUCUACGGAAGCGAUACUAAUAACGCAUCACUGACUUCGAUAACCGCCAAAUACAACGACUCCCGACUCAUGCUUAUCAUGUCGUCGGCCCUAAACUCUCGGGCGAAGACUUACUGCGAGUCUAAGUGGAAGCACAGAGAAUCGCAUUCAUCCAAAGAGGGCUUCUUCUCCGGCGUAUCGUUUCGUUUACCGCAACCGGAGAUAGAGAGCAAUGACACCGACAGUGGUUAUGACAAUACCACUGCUGUUUAUCCAACGAACGGAACCGCUUGGGAUAAUGGGACCGCCAUUUCUUAUUAUGACGAUAAGAUCACUUAUCAAGUCUUCACAGCGCAGUCAAUGGCAAAUCCAGACACUGUUGAUCUGUUGGGCUAUAAAUUUUCCAAAUCCCAAAUGUUUGGUACAAAUCAGACGCUAAAGACUCUGUUUGGUUGCGGACGCUAUCAAUACGAUUCCUUUCCUUUAUUCAAACCAAACGACUUCUGCGGAACCGAUCAAAGACUUGAGAGUGUCUUCGGAUUAGGAAAUGAUCUCUACUUUCAAAAUAACGCCAAAUUCUGGAAGUGGUCUGACGUUAGCUUCAAAAGUGGUGCCAAUCCUAACAUUACUUCAGAACCCAUUUCUUUUGACUCCGAUUUCACUUCAAUUGUCAGCAAAUUUAAUAUUGACACGACUAGACCUGUGAUGGGAUUCACAUUUAAACUCUAUACUAAAUCCAAGAAAUGUCUGACAAAUGAUGACACAAUUCGGUGUCAACUCUUUUCGAGUCCACACUAUUAUAGGGCCUGUAUUUACGGCGAAGUCAUAACCAAUCACACAAUCGGCAAAUUAGAGGACACUUAUGAAAGAAAAGCAUUUGCCUUUCAAUACACGCCUUCGGGUCUGAAUGAGUUCCCAGACAUGGAUUCCCGUCCGCAGACAUUCAAAGAAACGCAACUCAUUUGUGAUAAUAUACACAAACUUUUCAGACAACAACUUUCACUAUCCAUCCAAUCCAUGCGAUUAAGUGUAUCCAACAGUUCCCAUAUUAUUGUUGAGAUGAUUGGCAAGAAUUCAACCAACGAUUGGCACCAAUUAGAAGUCAUAGUCUCGAAGAAUAGGCCAUUGGAUUCGCCGAAGCAUAGGGUUGAUAGUAUUGUUCAAACACAGUUGGGUCCAAUCGAUCACAUGAUUCCCAACAAUAAGGGAUCAAAUGAAAUGCGAUAUCCUAUUAGUGUCCACACAAUCGGCGCUUUUGACAAACAAUAUCUGCAAAACAACAUAACAUCCGAUACUAUACUCGCGAUCGCAUACUUUCAGACAAACCAAAGUGUCGAUCAAUACAGAGACUGGUUUUUGAAUCCGUUAGCCAUUGUCUUUGACCGCAAAGAAUAUUCUAAUGUCUACAAUCAAUCGAGAUGUUUUGCUGCUCUCGAGUUCCCGGCAAAUAGUACUCCAUUUUCGGGAAUCUCUGGAGAAGUUCCUACCGAUUAUGGGAGGAAUAGAUUCACUAAAAUAUUGGGAAUGUUUUCAUUGAAUGAAAUGUUAUAUUUGUUAGUAUUUCCGAAAGACAUUUCAUAUCCAGUGGUUUAUCAGAUAAGCGCUUAUAAUAAUAUCAAUAGACAAACCCUUGAUGGCUUUGAAUUCAAUGUGUUCUUCAAAUGUCCGAAACCAUCGACAUCUCAGUCUACGGCCGUGUUUGGUUUCACGUAUCAGUAUAUGUCCAAUAAUUGCGGAAGUUUGGAUGUAUUGAACGAAUGCACUGAAGUCUACGACGACCCACAGAUCUUCUACACGUGUCUCUACGGAACCAAUAAAACCGGUGGAUCACAGACUUGGUUGGCCCGCAAAUACAAUAACUCCCUUCUAAUGACUAUCAAUACUCCGGUGUUAGAGAGUCGGGUGAAGACGUAUUGCGGCUUUAAGUGGAAACAUAACGACACAAACUUAGCCAAAGAGGGCUUCUUCUCCGGCGUAUCCUUUCGUUUACCGCAUCCGGAAAGCCUUGCGGUUGAUAUGAAUACCAUUAACACUACGAGUAGUGGUCUUCCAGUUAAUCCAAUUAACGGAACCGCUGACGACAACAGCACCAGAGUAUUGGUACCCUUUUAUGAGGAUAAGAUCACGUUUCAGAUCUUUACGGCUGAGUCGCUGGCAUUUCCAAACACUGUUAACCUAUUGGGCUAUCAGUUCUGCAAACUAUGGGAUAGCAAUCUAUCCAUGAGUUAUAUUUAUGCCAUUAAAUACUAUUUACCCAAAGAUGAUGUCUAUUAUGUGUUUCGUUAUCUGAACCAAACGUGGAGUUGUGGUCACAAUUGCGGUCCAAAUACACCUUUAAGUCUAAUCGAUUUGAGCGACAAUUUGACCACAACUUUAACAACCUUAAGAAGUCUCUUUGGUUGUGAAUCAUAUCACUACGAAUCCUAUCCUUCAUUCAAACCAAACGACUUCUGCGGAACCGAUCAAAGACUUGAGAGUGUCUUCGGAUUAGGAAAUGAUCUCUACUUUCAAAAUAACGCCAAAUUCUGGAAGUGGUCUGACUGGUCUGACGUUAGCUUCAAAAGUGGUGCCAAUCCUGGCAUCAAAUCAGAGCCCAUUUUCUUUGACUCCGAUUUUACUUCAAUUCUUAACAAAUUUCAUAUCGACACGACUAAACCUGUGAUGGGAUUUACAUUCAAACUCUACACUUCCUAUACUUCUAAUGUCAGCGAAUGUUUCACAAAUGCGGACACAAUUCGUUGUCAACUCUACUUAAAUCCACACUAUUAUAGGGCCUGUAUUUACGCCGAAGUCAUCGACAAUAAAACAAUCGGCAAAUUAAAGGACGAUUUUGAACAAAAAGCGUUUGCUUUUCAGUACACGCCGUCGGGUCUGAAGGCGUUUCCAGCGGUUGAGCGUCCGAAAGGACGUCCGUAUCAACUCGUGUCCGACGAAACGCAAGCGAUUUGCGAUACGAUUCGCAAUGCAUUCAAACAAAAACAUCCACUUUUAGUGCAUUCAAUGCGAUUGCAAAGUGUGAACGCAUCCCAUCUUAUCAUUGAAAUGAUUGCCACAAAUACUAACAAUGAAUUACAACUCUUGGAAACUGUGGUUCUGAGGAAUAAGCCAUUAGACGAAACCACUAAUUAUUUAAAACAUAUCUUAAGAAACUCUCAUAUGAAUCCAACAGCACGCAUUCAAUCGCAUCGAUAG